AUGGUGUACACAGGCAAGCCCAGCCGUGGAUGCGGCAUGUGCAAAAGCCGCAGGAUCAAGUGCGACGAGAAGCGACCGACAUGUGGGAACUGUAGAAAGUCUGGCCGCGACUGCCCGGGCUAUCCCGACGAGUUCGAUCUAGUCUUCCGAGACGAGAACAAGGCUAUGGCGAGAAAGGCAAGGAAGACCUCUGGUCCAACGCCUACAAGAUGUACUCCAGAUGGCUUGAGCGCUCAAGCUUCUCCGAACCAACCGACUUUCUUCACCUUCGAGGUCUCCAAUGCCUCCACAUCACAGGAGGAAUCGACUACAGCACAAGCCACACCGGACUCGGAACAACAGCUUAUACUCAUACCUCAGUAUCCAGAGGCGUUGUCGUCACAAGGGCUAUUCGACAACUGGCUGUGGAAUCUCGACCGGAUCCCACAAUCCAUUGCAAUGGCCCCAGACUACGAGGCCGUUACCUUUUUCUUCAAAAACUUCAUCACACUUCCACAACAAGCAGAGAGCACAAGAGGGUAUCUUGAGUUUCUUGUCCCUCUAUACAACCAAGCGCUACCAUCGUCUGUCCUACAUCUGGCCACCAGUGCUGUUGCCAUGGCAGCUUGCGGUCAGUAUCCUGGAAGGGAGGCUUUGGUUGGCGAGGCUGUCAAGACGUAUGGGAAAGCUAUUCGAAAGCUCAACACCGACCUCAAGGACCCAGCAAUGAGCAGGUCCAACGAGACAGUACUUGCAAUAUUGAUGUUUUCGCUCUAUGAAACAAUCAUGUCAACCGACGAUACAAUCACAGCAUGGGGCAACCACGUCGACGGUGCUGUAGCUCUGACCAAACUACGUGGUACAGACCAAUUCAACGACCCCAUGUCACACGCCAUGUUCCGCGCCGUCCGGACCAUGAUGAUCACAUCCUGUGUCCAGCGCUCCAAGCCCAUUGACACUUUCCCCGGGCAGAAAGGCUGGGUAGGCGAAAGCGACAUUGCAGAAGAGAAUGCCGCAAACCGCCUGACGCUGAUCUGUAUCGACCUCCCCAAUCUGCGUGCCCGCGCGAACAAGCUCACAAGUACUAUGUACGACCCCGCUGAGGAAUCCGAAGCGCGCCAAAUCAUCGACUUCGCGCAACUCGUCGACGGGAAUCUGGAAGAAUGGUACCGCACACUUCCGCCGGAGUGGAAGCACCGCAUCAUCGGCAUCGAAAGUACGAUCCCAGAGAACAUUGCCAAUGCAGAGAAGUGGCCGGGCGAGCAGCACGCCUACCACGAUGUGCCGCUCGCGAGCAUCAUGAACGACUACCGCGUGUGUCGCAUCUUCUGCCGGCGCGUCAUGCUGGCGUGUCUCGACUGGCUUCACUUCGGCGGCUUCGCAGACGAGCAGGGCCAGUAUGCGCAGUCUGUCUUCGUGGUGCAGCAGAUGGUCGACGAACUGAGCGCGUGCGUUCCGUUCCACCUGGACUACGAACUGCAACCGCUUGCCAAGGAAACGGGUCAAGAGCAGUAUGCGGCCGAGGCCUUCGGCGGCUACUCACUCGUCUGGCCAUUGUACGUCGCCGCAAAUGCCGACACGGUAUCCCAGCGCCAGCGAGACUGGCUACUCGGGCGUCUAUCCGUCAUCGGCACGAAAUUCGGGCUCAGCAGCGCCCAGGUACUGGUCUUGGCCAGACGGCACGUACUCACAUGCGGGCCCAUGUUUCCUUGA